CUCGAAAAUUGGGGCGUUCGCCUGCUACCAGUUCGCCGGACAGUCGAUAACCGAAGGCCUGAAACGUCACGCAGAAUUUUCGUCGUUAAGUCACGCGUCACAGCAUCGCGGUGAAGAAUAGCAUUCUGCGGUCAGCGGAGUGGCCAUUGCCGACGGGAACAACGGGCGCACAGUUGUAACGUUCUCCAAAUAUGCUACCGUAGUGUAGAUCGAAGUUCAUGUUAUCGGCGAUUGUUUCGCGUUUGUUGAAGAAAGAUUGAGAUUGGCUGCGCCCCUCGAGGAAAAUGAGCGAAGAAAGGCUGGACAUAGAGAAGCCACUUUGGGAUCUGAACACCUUCCAGGGCAGAUGGAAACACUUCGCAUGGAUGACCGAUUUCAGGACUUGCAUUCUUCCGGAACAAGACUUCCACAAUGCGAGGCAAUUGUACGAAGAUUACAAACUUGGGAGAGAGCCAGCUGGUACAACCCGGGAGCAGAUCAUCUAUGCUAAGAAGCUUUACGAGUCGGCCUUUCAUCCCGACACUGGUACCCUGCAGAAUGUCUUUGGCAGAAUGUCCUUCCAAGUGCCAGGCGGAAUGCUUAUAACUGGCGCUAUGCUACAAUUCUACAAAACCAAACUUGGUGUGUUCUUCUGGCAAUGGGUGAAUCAGUCGUUCAAUGCUCUAGUUAAUUAUUCCAACCGAAAUGCGAAUAGUCCUUUGACGGAGACUCAGUUAGGCACGGCUUACGUGUGCGCAACAGCGAUGGCCAUAUUAACAGCAAGAGGAUGUCAAUCAUUUUUGGCGAAACGGGCCAAUCCACUUAUGAUGCGUUAUGUGCCAUUCGCUGCAGUCGCCGCGGCCAACUGCGCGAACAUUCCCUUGAUGAGGCAGAACGAAAUCACCCAAGGGGUCGAGAUCGCUGACGAGAACGGCAACAAACUUACAAAAUCGAAGAUAGCGCCGGUCAAAGGCAUUAGUCAAGUGGUCAUCUCAAGGAUUGUCAUGUGCGCACCCGGCAUGCUGAUACUUCCGCCCAUCAUGGAAAAACUCGAAAAGUAUCGGUUCAUGCAAAAGAUCAAACCGUUGCACUUGUCAAUACAAGUUCUGCUAGUCGGCUGUUUCCUGACGUUCAUGGUGCCCACAGCGUGUGCAUUGUUCCCACAAAGGUGCUCAAUUAAAUCUAGCACUUUGGAAAAGUGGGAACCCGAAAACUACAAGGUCCUGAGGGAAAAUUGCAAGGACAGGGAAAUACCCAUGUACUUAUAUUUUAACAAAGGUUUAUAAUUUAUAAAAACCUUUAGUCGUGAUAAAUGAAGAUCGCAAAGGAUAGCUUGUGUCGCUCUGUACGAAGAUCGUAGCAAGAAUUAAUUAUGGAAUUGGAAUCUUCGGCGAACGACACGAAUUUCGAGAAUUUGUAGCUUUUUGCUAACGCAGAGAAUGAACUACAUUCUUUGGGGUACACGUGCAUUACCAGUUGACCGAUGACAAUACACGCAUUUCAAUGAGUCUUUAUUCCGUGUAAGACAAUACACUUCAGUUUUUUUAACUUCAUUAUAUUGGAGCGCCGCUCCGUUUUGAUACUUAAUUUGCAUUUCCAUUGUGAGCAGCGAUUGUCCUUUAACUACAGAAAUGAAAAUUAUGAUAAUAUACAUUGUCAUUUGGCAACUCUACUAAAUAGCACCCAAGAUGUAUUGGAAAGCAAUAAUGUCUUUCACGCUCAGCCGUUUUACUUUAAUUUAAUUAAGUGAACAUAUCAUUUAAUUAGUAGAGCCGCGACGUCACAUUUCAGACGUUAUGUUGUUAAUUGUUAAGAACAUGUCUUAAACAUUAAGUGACUGUCAAUGUUCCAUUGUUACUACCUCUUGGAACCGUUAAAUAAAAUAAAGAAGUGCUGCCAUGUAUAUUUUAGUAAUAUUAU